GCUGAAGGAGUGACAGAGGACCGGAUAGUGACGAAUAAAAGCAAUAAAGCGAUAAGUACUGUAAACGUUUGCCUUUGCCUCCGUUUUGAAUUUCGACACCGUUAGCUCUUAAGUAACUCCCGCCCGGCGACCUAUGGACAGAUUAUUUAAACAAUGUUUUUUUUUUAUCGUCACAUUUUCGACUCUGGCAACGGAUGCCACAGGAGGUAACCGGACGUAACGACUUCCAGCCUCUUUCCUGCAGACUAUCGCUGUGAAAAUUAAGCACAGCUUGUGUGAAUAGAAUGAUGGCGAGCUCGCUUUCUAUCUCCUGGAAGGAAUGUUUUCUAUUCCGGCAAAUACGCGCACUGGCUCCCGCUGGCUUCAAGACAGAAGUCAAGGACAUAUCUCGAAUGGCUGUACCUGUGAUUCUGACCAACAUCAUGACUUUUGCUGUGAGUUUAAUCAGCACCGUCUUCUGUGGCCAUUUGGGAAAAGAGGAGCUAGCAGGUGUAGCUCUGGCAAUAGCAGUUGUUAAUGUUACAGGUAUAUCUAUCGGCUCAGGGCUGUCAUCAGCAUGUGAUACUUUGAUUUCUCAGACAUUCGGAGGUGGCAACCUCCUGAGAGUUGGGGUGAUUCUGCAGAGGGCAAUCCUCAUUCUAAUUCUGGCGUGCUUCCCCUGUUGGGCCAUCCUCAUCAACACUGAGUCCAUUCUGCUGGCUGUGGGACAAGAGCCAAAUGUUGCCAGGUUGUCUCAGUUGUAUGUGAAGAUCUUCAUGCCAGCGCUCCCUGCUACAUUCAUGUAUUCAUUGGAAACAAGAUACUUGCAAAACCAGGGCAUCAUAUGGCCACAAGUCAUCACUGGCUUUGUGGUCAAUAUCCUCAACACCCUCUUUAACUACAUUUUUAUCUUUGCAUUAAAGCUGGGAGUAGCAGGAUCUGCUCUUGCCAACACCCUGUCCCAAUUCUCCAUGGCUGGGGUCCUCUACGCUUACAUCAUAUGGAAAAAUGUUCACAAGGCUACCUGGGGAGGUUGGUCCAAAGAUUGCUUACAGGACUGGGGCUCAUUCAUUCGCUUGGCCAUCCCCAGCAUGGUCAUGUUAUGUGUUGAGUGGUGGACAUUUGAGAUCGGCAGCUUCCUGGCAGGUCUCAUAAGCGAGGUGGAACUCGGAGCACAGUCAAUAGUGUACGAGCUUUCAAACGCUGCGUAUAUGUUUCCAUUAGGCUUCAGUGUGGCAGGCUGUGUGAAGGUGGGAAAUGCUCUUGGAGCUGGAGACACCAAGCAGGCCAACCUGUCUGCAAAAACGACAUUCUUCUGUGCAGUAUCGGUUUCUGUCUGCUUGGCAGCUGUCAUUGGAAGCCUGAGGAAUCAUAUUGCCUAUGCCUUCACAUAUGAUGAACAAAUCAGACGAAAGGUCGGCGAGGUUGUGGUAUUCUAUGCUCCGUUCAUCCUCAUGGAUGCAGUUUCAGUGGCCAUGGGAGGAAUAAUAAGAGGAGCAGGUAUGCAGAAAGUCGGUGCGAUCUGCAACAUGUUGUGUUAUUAUGGUGUCGCUUUACCUAUUGGAGUGCCAUUGAUGUUUGCGGCCAAAUUAGGAAUCAUUGGUCUAUGGGCGGGAUUGUGCACAUCUGUGUGUCUGCAGUGUUGCUUCCUGGUUUUCUACCUGGUGAGAAUGGACUGGAAGAAAGUUACAGUUGAAGCUCAGGUUAGAGCUGGUGUUUGUGUCAACUCAGAUGACACCCAAAGCUGCCAGGAACAAGGAGACGCUACUAUUUCGGUCGGUUUGGAGGACCCAGCACUGGCAAGCCCUGUGGGACAGGAGCUCUCCGGAAAUAAUUUGGUGCUGCGCAGGUGUCUGGUUCUGACCCUCAUGCUCGGUAUUCUGGCUGCUGGGAUCAUCUUAAACUUACUGAUGACAAACUCGGUCACGUGACCUACUAAAGGCUACCACAUUCAUUUCAACGUUGUUGAUGUGAUGCAAGGGUUUCUAUCGCAGGCAGCCAAAGACGGAAGAGAAGACGGGAAAGGAUUUUGCAUGUGAGUCGAUGAAAUAGAAAAAGAAAAAAAUAAAUGGUUUACGACGGGGCAAAGAAACAUCUCUUGACAGCACGAUUCAUUUUCGGCAUCGUAAUUGUUUUAAAUGCCAUCAAUUCCAGACUAUAAGCCACUUUUUUCACACACUUUGAACCCUGCGGCUUCAAACAAUGAUGUGGCUACCGGUCAUUUUUGCCUAAAAAGACCAUCAGUUCCCGUUCUGCUUAGAGUGCAGAUUCAGGAAUUAGUGAAGUGGACGCUAAUAUCACAUUUUGAAGUCUUAUGCAGCGGCCGAUAUAUAUUUUUUUCUCUUUAAAUUGUGUGGGUGCGGUUUAUAGUCAGGUGCACUCAAUAGUUCAGAAUUUACAGUAAUUCAAUUGAAUUUAGUAUCGCACACACUGAGGGUAAUGCAUUGUUUAUGCCAAACCUAUGGUAGGUAGCAGAUGCCAGCUAACAGUGUUUAUGUCAAAUGGGUCCUCAGCCACUUGUUUCUGUUUAGAAUUUGUGAGGGACAAUUAGAUGAGAACGUGUACCUCGCUGGCCGAAACAGAGAAAUACGCUAGGAAGAACGUUUAGACAGACUAACACACACAAAAGUAGCACUAUAAGGAUUGAGACAUUCAUGUUGUAAGUCAAUCACUACUCUGUAUUGAAUAUGAAAUACACUACCGGUCAAAGGUUUCAGAACAACCCAAUUUUUGCAGUUUUUUAAAUGCAUGUUGUUCAAGUCCAAUGAAUAGCUUGAAAUGGUACAAAGGUUAAGUCGUGAAGUGCCAGAGGGUAAAAAAAAAAGAGGAAAGGUUACUCAAAACUGAAAAAUGUGUAUUUCAGAAUUAUACAAAAAGGCCCGUUUCCGGGACCAACAAUUAUAAACGGAGGUUGAUCAAGCCUUGGCAGUUGGUGCAACUAAUUCUUACAGGUGUUCCAAGUUCUGGGAUAUUUAUACCACCUCCUCUGUCUGCAUAAAAACUGUGUCCAGAACACACUGCGGUACUAUGCCCUCGUGAACAUCAGUUGAACAGCACUGUACUGGAGAAAGGAAUUUUUUUGCUACAAAAAUGGCAAGAAAAAAGGAAUGAACAAUGUUUUUUGCUCCAGAGAAAUUGGAGUGUUAUAUAAAACGUUUGACCGGUAGUGUACAUAUCAGGGAAGAAAAAGUGCUGGAUCUAGUGGGACAAACACAGUAAAAAUAAAUAGGAUCACCUCUCAGUUUGUGUAAUCAGAAGUGUAAGUGUCAUUACUCCAGUGUGUUGUACUCAUAUUACUUUGAGGGCGCAUCGUCUCUGGCAAAGGAAUCGAGUAGUGCAAACAUGCGCCCACAGCCAGGAGAGCGAGAGCAGCAAACAGAGUGAGGCCUCGCCUGAAGACCAGCUGGCUAAACGAGAGGUGGGCAGCGUUCGCAUGAUGUGUGACCGUGUUGCCCUCAGACAGGACAGGCUGGUACCGGUCCUGUGUAGCUGGACUUACUCCAUCAACCUGGGUGUUCCUCUGGGCUCGCUUUACAGCCUGGAAACAACAAAUACAUCACUGCUAACAUCUCAUGGUGGCAACUGCAUACUUUAUAUCCAAUCCACACUGAUUCAUUCAUGUGUGUUAGCUCAUUUUUUCAUUGGUCAGUGGGGCAGCUAUAAUUAAAACUCCUGAACUGUGCCUUGCAGCAAGUGACCACACAAAAUGUCUGACAUGACCAGGAUAAAGUAGAUUUUUAAAAAAAUGUACAUGUUUUCUUGAUAGGUAAAAUAUUUUUGUCUAUUGUUUUUUGACAUUCAAGAGAAACUGCAAUAAAGAUACA